AUGAAUAACGAUUCAGUGACGUGGGAAAUUUUGGGUAAAGGAAAAUGUUCGUUUAAGAAAAAAGUGGAUACUGAAAUAUUUUGUUUAAAUGAAUAUAAUGUAACAGGUUUAUGUACUAAAUCAAAUUGCCCAUUGAGUAAUAGUGUUUAUUCAACAAUAAUAUUAGAUAAGGGUGAAAUAUAUUUAUAUAUGAAAUCUGUCGAAAGAGCUCAUUUACCUAGUGCCUUAUGGAGUAGAGUACUUUUGAGUUUAAAUAAAAAAGAAGCCUUUAAUGUUAUUUAUAAAGAAUUAAAAUUUACACAGAAUAUAAAACAUAUAAAGAAAUGUAUGAAGAGAUAUAUUAGGAUAAAAGAAAUAUUAAAGAGGAGCAGAAAACUGAUAUUACAAAAGCAAGUAAAAAUUAUGCCCAUAAAGAAGAAAACAGAAAGAAGAGAUAAAACGAGAGAAAAAAAAGCCUUAAAAGCUGCAAACCUUUUAAAUAAUGUAGAAAAGGAAUUAUUGAAUAGAUUAAAUACAGGGAUCUAUGGAUCUCUAUAUAAGUUCCUAACUCCUAAAAAGAAAAUGAAAAAUAAAGAUUCUGAAUUGACGAAAAUAUUUGAUGUGAUGGAGGAGAAUAAAGAUGAAUUGAAAAAGAAGGGCAAGAAAGGAAAGGACGAAAAUGUAAAUUAUGAGACAAUGUCUCAGGAGGGGGAAGAAACUGAUGUAGAUGUGGAUAUGGAUGAUGAGGAGGAUGUAGAUGAUGAUGAUGAAGAGGAUGUGGAUGAUAAUGAUGAUGAGGAUGUAGAUGAUGAUGAUGAGGAGGAUGUAGAUGAUGAUGAUGAAGAUAUAGAUGUAGAUAUGGAUGAUGAAGAUGUUGAUGAUGAUGAUGAAGGUGGUAUAUAUGAUGAUGAUGACGAUGAUGAAGAUGACUAUGAUAAUGAUGAUGAUAAAGACAGCGUUGAAGAAAGUGCUUCAAUAAGUCAUGAUAAGAAGAAGAAAAAGAAAAGAAAGAGAAAAGAAUACAAAAAGGAAUAUGUUGACAAUGAGCAUAUAAAAAAUUUACAAGCAAAUGGGAAGUUGUCAAUUCAAGAUGAUGAAAUAGAGGAAAUGAAUCAUAAUUUUAGAAGAAAAAAAAAGUCAAAUAAUAAAAAGGAAAAAGGCAAGAAAAAGAUUAAAAUGGUUUACGAAAAUGACUAA